UAUGCUUCACACCCAUCAAAUGUUGCACAUCUCUCUAAGGUUUGAAUAGGACGAGUAUUUACCAUAAGGAUCAAUUUGCAUGUCAUAGAGGUCUCUAUGGUUUUACUUUUUUGAAAGAAUGCAAACAGAAGGACUCCAAAUAGCUUAUAUUAACUAUUCAUGA